AUGUGUCUCAUCCACAAACAGAGCACACUUGUAUCGUUCCGAUUUACCGUCAGUUUACUCCCAGACCACCAGAGGACUUUGACCAUGUCUGAUUCUGAGGUAAGAAUCAGUGAUACUCAAGUAAACUAUUUGCCUUAACAUAAAACUCACAGUCAUAUGCUGUUAUUUUAAAGUAUUAUUUGCCAAGUUGAUGACAAACGCAGUACAAAAGCAGACUGUGGCAAAUUAAAAACAAUAAAAACUAUGUCUCCGGCUUUUCCCAGGCCUGGGCUAGAAGACUGAACCUGGAGAAGCUGAAGCGACCUCCCACAUAUGAACGCACAGACUGGCUAGAAGGCAGUGACAGUGGGGCUACUGCAAACAUCCCUGACCCUGGAGCAGACAACAAGUAG